AAAGAUAUCAACAAAACAAACGCGCGUCUUGCUUUACCGUCCCAUCACAACCUCCGAAGCUGAUCAACCUGACAACACGCCUUUCUAGAGAAAGGUUUGAAGAGUAGGUCUCUGUUCACCAAUGCUCCCUGGGAUCUUACCAUUAAGUGUAUAUGUCCUGCUAAGGUUUGCAAAUUAGAAGGAACAUCUGACCAGAAGAAAACUUCAGUGAAGUGAUAGUUGAACCUCUAGUUAACAUUUUUAAAAUCACUUCAACCAUUUAGUAAAACUGGAAACAGCUCGACCAAGACUGCAGAAAAGAACUUGCUUGAAUAAGCCAGAUGUGGGCUUGGCAAUGCCGCAGCCCAGUGUUAGCGGAAUGGAUCCUCCAUUUGGGGAUGCCUUUUGCAACCGUCCAUUUCCAGACCAGGUCUUAACUAGUACCGAUUUGUUGGGGAAUAAUUCAGACCCUGAUUUCAUGUAUGAACUGGACAGAGAGAUGACUUAUACUCACAGCUCGAGAGAUGAUCCUCUUACCUUGGGAGAUUGUAAAGACCUUGAACUUUUAGAACCAUUAAAUGAGUUACUGGAUUCCGAUCCUUCAUAUACUUCAAACUGGGAGCAAUGGGACACAUGCUGGGAAGACUUGACAAAAUACACCAAGUUAACGAGCUAUGAUAUUUGGGGAACGAAGGAAGUGGAUUUCCUUGGGCUGGAUGACUUUUCCAGUCCUUAUCAAAACGAAGACGUCAUAAGCAGGACCCCAACUUUAGCCCAGCUAAACUGUGAAGAUUCACAGCCUGUUUUGGAUUCAUUAUAUCAUCCUGAUCUACUCAAGAGUUUAAAUCAAAAUUCAUUAACCUCUUCUCUGGCUGGUAAAAAACUUGCAGCCAACAGGGCAAUGCCACUAGUGUCAUCUGCCAGAAGUCCUUGUAUAGAUGCUUGCUUGCCAGAGACUACCCAAAAGUUAGGCAAAUCUGUUUCUUCUAGUGCUACUGUGGACAAUGGCAACACAAAUCAGCCCCUGAAUACCAAAAUAGGGCCUGUUCUUGUAGACAACAAAGACUUUGUUAAAAAAGCUAAAGUCUGGAUCAAUCCAGUACCACUUGGUAAAUCAACAUUGGGUGCUACCCAGGUGCACAGUGACUUACCAGAUGAUUCCUGUUGUAGUGAUAGUGGGGCUAAUGUCAGGAAACUGGAGAAAAAGAAUGUAGAAAGUACUUAUUCCAAUAAAGUACCCACUGUAUUCAAAGAAGCUAAUGACCCGAGUACUCGAACUGAAACUAUUGAAAUUUUAUCACCAUCUGUCCCUGAUCACACCCAGAAAAAGGAAGAGCACAAUUAUUCUUUGUUUAUUUCUGAUAGUUUGAAUGAGCAGUCUCCAAGUAUUGAGCAGGAAGUAGAAGAUGAUGAUGAUGAUGAUGAUGAGGACCAUGAUGAAGGAUUUGGUAGUGAGCAUGAAUACAGUGAUAAUGAGGAAGAUGAUGACGAUGAUGAUGAUGAAGAGGAGGAGGAGGAAGACAAGGAUGAUGAUGUCAGUGAUACCUUCUCUGAACCGGGAUUUGAAAACGACACAGUAGAUGACGUGAAGGAUGCAUUAACAGGUAUCUCCAGAAAAAGGAGCAAAAGAAGAUACUUCUGGGAGUACAGUGAACAGCUGAUGCCACCACCCAAGCAAGAUCGAAUGUUGAAGCCUUCUGAAUGGGAUAGAGAUACUUUGCCCAGUAAUAUGUAUCAGAAAAAUGGUUUACACCAUGGGAAAUAUUUAGUGAAGAAAUCUCGCAGAACAGAUGUAGAAGACUUAACUCCAAAUCCAAGAAAAUUACUUCAGAUUGGGAAUGAACUUAGAAAACUAAACAAGGUGAUUAGUGAUUUAACGCCUGUAAGUGAACUGCCAUUAACUGCCAGACCAAGAUCGAGAAAAGAGAAGAACAAACUUGCAUCCAGGGCUUGUCGCUUAAAGAAAAAGGCUCAGUACGAGGCUAAUAAAGUAAAGCUAUGGGGUCUGAAUACUGAAUAUGAUCAUCUGCUUUAUGUGAUUAACUCAAUAAAACAAGAAAUAGUAAAUAGAGUACAGAGGCAGGGGGAGAAAGGAAGUGGCAGCAUCCUAGAAAAACUUGAAAAUCUCUUAAAUGAAACACUCGGGACAACUGUAGCUGGACAAACAUCUGACUUUGUCAAUCAAGUGUUGGAAAAAACAGGAGAAGGAGACCCAACAGGUGGUCUUGAAGGUCUUCGCGUACCCACAUCAAAAGUGUAACCUGAUUUAUCUUCUGUCAGAAACAACUUCAACCAAUAGUUACGUGUUUGCCAUUUUUGUGAUAAAUGUUUGAUUCAUUAUAGCAAGUGACAUUUUGUUAGUUGUGUUAAACCUGCUUGAAAAGGAGAAGGAAAACUCAUGUUAGAGUUCUAGAAAAGAAAUGCACAAUGAGAUAAGUAUGGUUAUGUGUGCUCAGGUACUAUGAGGUAAAUUUCACUUACCUAUAAAAUGACUAGGGAUUGAUGUGUUCUAAAAUGUUGGUAGGAACUUAUGUUAAGUUUCCAUAGAAAUGUGGAUGUAAUAGUUGAAUCAA